UUGGACACUGGUUGUUUUCUAAAAUUAAAGAAGCUCAAGAAGAGAUGGUGAAUUCUCUUUGAGUUUCAACCAACAGGAUAAAAGAGUUCAAGUAGAGAAGCUUGAAGACACAGAAAGCUGAGAUAAGAUGAUUCUGAAGUUAAUCCACAUUUGAAGCCAUGAUUUAAAUAGCAGCACUAAGAUUUUAACAAGAAAAAUUUAAGCUUCAUUGGAUUUCCACAUCAAAGGAAAGUCCCAAGCUUUCAGAACGAGUUCACUCUUGAAAGUAAAGAGCAGCUUGCUAACCACAAAAGGGAACUCGAUGCCAAGUUUUUAGCUGCACUUCCUAAAGUUGCAGACUUAAGAAAAAUCUUUGAACCAAAGAGGAAAGAGAUUUUAGAAAUGAAGAGAAAAGAAAGAAUUGCCAGGCGCUUGGAAGGAAUUGAAAACGAUGCCCAGCCCAUCCUCUUGCAGAGUUGCACAGGGCUGGUGACCCAUCGCCUCUUGGAGGAAGACACACCCAGAUACAUGCGCGCCACAGACCCUGCCAGCCCCCACAUUGGCCGGUCCAAUGAAGAGGAGGAAACUUCUGGUUCUUCUUUAGAGAAGCACACUCAAGCUCAGUGCUGCACUGAGACCACAGGCAUCCACAGUGAUCCCACCUGUAGUUCAGGUUCCAUGGACACUCACAGUCUUGAGUCAAAAGCUGAAAGAAUUGCGAGGUACAAAGCAGAAAGGAGACGGCAACUGGCAGAGAAAUAUGGACUGACUCUGGAUGCCGAGGCUCACUCUGAAUAUUCAUCACGUUAUACCAAAUCCAGGAAGGACCCUGAUGCUGUGGAGAAACGAGGAGGAGUAAGUGAUAAGCAUGAAGAGUCAAGUUCUCCAUACUCUAGGGCUGAGGGCCUGGGGCUCAGGACCUCCGUGGUGGACUCCAAGGAAUACCCCCUCCACUGGAAUGAAACUUCUGACAAGGAGGUGCUGCUCAACGUGGAAAACCAAAGACGAGGUCAAGAUCUGAGUGCCACCCGCCAGGCCCAUGACCUGCCCCCAACAGUGGAGAAUUCCUCAUCCUUCUCAUUCUCUGGGCGAGGCGCCUCCAUCACCGAAGUGCCAAGAUCCCCCAAACAAGUGCCCAGCUCCUCCCUUCAGCAAUCUGCCUCCCCAAACCACUCCAUCAGUGACCCCCCGCUGCCCUCUGAGGCUCGAUCCAGGUAUACAUCAAGUUCAGAAAUGCCAACUGUUGAGGAUGAAGAAAAGGUAGAUGAACGAGCCAAGCUAAGUGUUGCUGCCAAGAGGCUGCUUUUCAGGGAAAUGGAGAAAUCAUUUGACGAACAAAGUGUUCCAAGGAGACGCUCGAGAAACUCGGCCGUGGAGCAAAGACUACGGCGGCUCCAGGACAGAUCACACACCCAGCCCAUCACCACUGAAGAAGUGGUCAUUGCAGCCACAUUACAGGCAUCUGCUCACCAAAAGGCUUUAGCCAAGGAACAGGCAAAUGAGGGCAAAGAUUUUACUGAACCAGGAGAACCUGAUUCCUCCACUCUGAGUUUAGUAGAGAAGUUGGCCUUGUUUAACAAAUUGUCCCAGCCCGUCUCAAAAGCCAUUUCUACCCGAAAGAGAAUAGACAUGAAGCAGAGAAGAAUGAAUGCUCGCUACCAAACUCAGCCGGUCACCCUCGGAGAGGUGGAACAGGUACAAAGUGGGAAGCUCAUCUCUUUUACCCCCACUGUGAACACAUCUGUGUCAACCAUGGCCUCUGCAGUCACCCCUACAUAUGCCGGGGAGCUCCGGACAAAGCCAUCAGCUGACAACAAUGCAAGUGCCACCGAGGGUAAAUUGCCCUCUUCCGUGGAAAAUUCAGACUCUCCAGUUAGAAGCAUUCUGAAAUCACCAGCUUGGCAGUCUUUGGGAGAAAACAGUGGGAGCAGAGGAAUGCUGAGAGAAUUUGGAGAAUCAGAAAACAAGAGUUUUUUGACAUCUGCAGAAAGUAAUAUAAAAACAUACGAGUCCUUUGAGGAAGUGGAAGCCUCCUACCCUGGCCCCAGUCGGGUGAGGGAAGCAGACAGCCAGAGGGAACAGAAAUGUGCUCUACCAAGGAAAGAAAGCCUGGAACUAGCUAGUACUCCUGUCACCCACCUUGGCGAUGAACCAAAGAAAUUUUCCACAGCUAAAAUCAGCACCCAGGGUAACUUGGAUGUGAAGGACAGGCCACCCUUUGAAGAGAAGGUAGAUGAGGAGAGCAUCACCAAAAGGAGAUUUUCACUCAAAGUAGCUGAAUGCGAAGAGCUGGCUUCUGAGCAGACAGGGACAACUGAGGGGAAGACUUCAGGCACAGGGGCCUGGAAGCAGCAAGAUCCUUCAGAAACACUACAGAAAUAUUACAAGAGUCCGUGUGCGAUGUUUGCUACCGGAGAGAUCAAAGCACCCAUCGGAGAGGUCAUACUUGAUUCCUCUAGUAAAACCAUGUCAAUUAAAGAGAGGUUGGCACUGCUGAAGAAGAGUGGUGAAGAAGACUGGAAGAACAGACUUCAUCGAAAGCAGGAAUACGUCAAAGCAUCAGCCAGCAGCAGCCUACACAUCCAGGAAACAGAGCAGUCUCUAAAGAAGAAGGAAGAAGCAGGAUUUACAGAUGAUAAUGCCAUUUCUUAUCUACCUUGGCGGGUCACGGAAAGUCGGGAGAGCCAGAUGACCAUUGAGGAGAGGAAGCAGCUCAUCACCGUGCGGGAGGAAGCAUGGAAGACCAAGGGCAGAGGUGCUGCCAAUGACUCCACCCAGUUCACAGUGGCCGGCAGAAUGGUGAAGAAAGGCUUGGCAUCACCCACUGCCAUAACUCCAGUCUCAUCUCCUCUGUGUAGUAAGUCAAGAGGUACUACGCCAGUGUCCAAACCCCUAGAAGAUAUUGAAGCCAGACCAGAUAUGCAAUUGGAAUCAGACCUGAAGUUAGAUAAGCUAGAAACCUUUCUAAGAAGGCUAAAUAACAAAGUUGGUGGGAUGCAGGAAACGAUCCUCACUGUCACCGGGAAGUCUGUGAAGGAGGUGAUGAAGCUGGAUGAUGACGAAACCUUUGCCAAAUUCUACCGCAGUGUGGAUUCCAACACCCCAAAAAGUCCUGUGGAGUUAGAUGAAGAUUUCGAUGUCAUUUUCGACCCUUAUGCACCCAAAUUAACGUCGUCUGUGGCAGAGCACAAGCGUGCAGUUAGGCCCAAGCGCCGAGUCCAGGCUUCCAAAAACCCCUUGAAGAUGUUGGCGGCAAGAGAGGAUCUCCUCCAGGAAUACACGGAGCAGAGGCUGAAUGUGGCCUUCAUGGAAUCCAAGCGGAUGAAGGUGGAAAAGAUGUCCUCCAACUCCAACUUCUCCGAAGUGACUCUGGCAGGCUUAGCCAGUAAGGAAAACUUCAGCAAUGUCAACUUGCGGAGUGUCAACCUGACAGAGCAGAAUUCUAACAACAGCGCUGUGCCCUACAAAAAGCUGAUGUUGUUACAGAUUAAAGGAAGAAGACACGUGCAAACAAGGCUGGUGGAGCCUCGCGCCUCGUCACUCAACAGCGGGGACUGCUUCCUUCUGCUGUCUCCCCAGUACUGCUUUCUGUGGGUUGGAGAGUUCGCAAAUGUCAUCGAAAAGGCAAAGGCGUCAGAACUAGCAACUUUAAUUCAGACAAAGAGGGAGCUUGGCUGCAGAGCUACCUAUAUCCAGACCAUUGAGGAAGGAAUUAAUACACACACUCAUGCAGCCAAAGAUUUCUGGAAGCUUCUGGGUGGCCAAACCACUUAUCAAUAUGCUGGAGACCCAAAGGAGGAUGAACUGUAUGAGACAGCCAUCAUAGAAACGAACUGCAUUUACCGUUUGAUGGAGGAUAAGCUUGUGCCUGAUGAUGACUACUGGGGGAAAGUUCCCAAGUGCUCUCUCCUGCAGUCCAGAGAGGUCCUGGUGUUUGAUUUUGGCAGUGAAGUUUACGUGUGGCAUGGAAAAGAAGUCACAUUGGCCCAACGGAAAAUAGCAUUUCAGCUGGCAAAGCACUUGUGGAACGGAACCUUUGACUAUGAGAACUGUGACAUCAAUCCUCUGGACCCUGGAGAAUGCAAUCCGCUUAUUCCCAGAAAAGGACAAGGACGGCCAGACUGGGCGAUAUUUGGGAGACUUACAGAACACAAUGAGACUAUUUUGUUCAAAGAGAAAUUUCUUGAUUGGACUGAAUUGAAGAGACCUACAGAGAAGAACACCGGGGAACUUACCCCACAGAAGGAAGAUCCCAGAGCGGACAUCAAGCCAUGUGAUGUGACACGGAUGGUGGCGGUGCCCCAGGUGACAACCAGCACUAUACUGGACGGAGUCAAUGUUGGCCGUGGCUAUGGCCUGGUGGAAGGGGAGGACAGGAGACAGUUUGAGAUUGCCAGUGUCUCUGUGGACGUGUGGCAUAUCCUGGAAUUUGACUACAGCCGUCUCCCCAGACAGAGCAUCGGGCAGUUCCAUGAAGGUGAUGCCUAUGUGGUCAAGUGGAAGUUCAUGGUGAGCACCGCAGUGGGAAGCCGACAAAAGGGAGAGCACCCGAUCAGAGUGGCUGGCAAAGAGAAAUGUGUGUACUUCUUCUGGCAAGGCCGGCACUCCACUGUGAGUGAGAAGGGAACGUCAGCUCUGAUGACCGUGGAGCUGGAUGAGGAAAGAGGGGCUCAAGUCCAGGUUCUGCAGGGAAAGGAGCCCCCCUGUUUCCUGCAGUGUUUCCAGGGUGGAAUGGUUGUGCACUCUGGGCGGCGAGAAGAGGAAGAAGAAAAUGUGCAGAGCGAGUGGAGGCUGUACUGCGUUCGGGGCGAGGUGCCCAUGGAGGGGAAUUUGCUGGAGGUGGCCUGCCACUGCAGCAGCCUGAGGUCCAGGACUUCAAUGGUGGUCCUCAACGUGAACAAGGCCCUCAUUUACCUGUGGCACGGAUGCAAAGCCCAAGCCCACACGAAGGAGGUUGGGAGGACCGCAGCAAAUAAGAUCAAGGAACAGUGUCCCCUGGAGGCAGGUUUGCACAGCAGUAGCAACGUGACGAUACAUGAGUGUGAUGAAGGAUCUGAGCCCCUGGGGUUCUGGGAGGCCUUAGGAAGGAGGGACAGGAAAGCAUACGAUUGCAUGCUUCAAGAUCCUGGCAGUUUUAACUUCGCACCCCGCCUGUUCAUCCUCAGCAGCUCAUCUGGGGAUUUCUCAGCCACGGAAUUUGUGUACCCUGCCCGAGCUCCCUCUGUGGUCAGCUCUAUGCCCUUCCUGCAGGAGGACCUGUACAGUGCACCACAGCCAGCGCUUUUCCUGGUUGACAAUCACCAUGAGGUAUACCUCUGGCAAGGCUGGUGGCCCAUCGAGAACAAGAUCACCGGCUCUGCCCGCAUCCGCUGGGCCUCCGACCGGAAGAGUGCAAUGGAGACUGUCCUGCAGUACUGCCGAGGAAAGAACCUCAAGAAGCCACCUCCCAAGUCUUACCUCAUCCAUGCUGGUCUCGAGCCCCUGACGUUCACCAACAUGUUUCCCUGCUGGGAGCACAGGGAAGACAUUGCUGAGGUCACGGAAAUGGACACGGAGGUUUCCAAUCAGAUCACCCUUGUGGAAGAUGUCUUGGCCACACUCUGUAAAACCAUCUACCCACUGGCUGAUCUCCUAGCCAGGCCACUCCCAGAAGGAGUGGAUCCUCUAAAGCUGGAGAUUUAUCUCACUGAUGAAGACUUCGAGUUUGCUCUAGAUAUGACGAGAGAUGAAUACAGCGCACUGCCCACGUGGAAACAGGUGAAUCUGAAGAAAGCAAAAGGCCUGUUCUGAGUGCCACAGAUGCCGGAGGAGCCUCAUGGUCACCUUCAACCAUAGCGCCCCCAAAAUGGAUACUUUUUUCAGACUGAUUUUUUUUUAUUAUUUUGAAAUCAGAGGGUUUUUUUUAAAACCCCAAACCUGAUCUUAUUAACGAUACCGCUUGUCCUGGAGUUGUGUAUUUUGUAAAUGUUUUAAGAGAACUCUUUGGAAAUGUACUUUCCGCAAUUCAGCAGGUGAUGUCAAUUAAAGCAUUUCUCCGUGCACUUGACCGGUGAUUUAGAGCCACAGCUCUGCCCUCUUCCUUUGACUACACAUGGCCGACUCUCUUUUUGUAGCAGUUCUCUUUAUAAAAGUGUUAUUUUGAUAGUUUGUGGAUUCUAAAAUAUAUAUAUUUAUAUAAACACCAUAUAAAUCAAAUAUGUAUUUAAAAAGCAAUAUGUAUUCAUUCACUUUUAAUUUCUUUUUUUUGAUGUCAAAAUAUUACUGCAAGAUAGCUGAAAUUGCUUCUGUUGGCUUCAGUCUGCCACCCGUGUGUACCCUCACCUACUCAGAAGCAUUUCCUGUCACAUUAGAUCUGACUUGUUUGGAGUACUGCUUCCGGUGCUAAAAUGAACAGAAAAAAAUGUACUGAAUGGCAUGGACUCCGAAGAAUCUAUGCAAAUCCACCUUUAAUAUCUCCCCAGAAAUAUAUAGUGCCUUGUUUCGAUGUACAGUUUAUAUACAGAAAAGUUUGCUCUGCCUUUUUGAUGAUGGUUUUAAAUGUUAUCUACAGUUUUACUCUCAAAUAGUAGAAAGAAAAACAUCUCAAUUUCUAAUACCCAUUGUAAACAUUACACAGUGUCAUUUUGUGACAUAAGGACCCCUCCAAAAAAAAAUAAAAACUUCAGAAUAAUCACAAUUA